UCUACGAAAAAAAUACAAAAAAUUAGCAGGGCGUGGUGGCGGGCGCCUGUAGUCCCAGCUACUUGGGAGGCUGAGGGAGGAGAAUGGCGUGAAACCGGGAGGCAGAGCUUGCAGUGAGCUGAGAUCGCGCCAUUGCACUCCAGCCUGGGCGACAGACCAAGACUCCAUAUCAAAAAAAAAAAAAGCCUCAAAGGAUCACUAGUGGUCAGCAACUAUGUGCAAAUAAAUAGGAAAACCUACCAAAAAUGGAUAAAUUUCCAGACACAUCUAACCUACCAAGAUUGAACCAUGAUGAAACCCAAAACCUGAACAAACCAAUAACAAAUGAUGGGAUCAAAGUGGUAAUAAAAAGUCUCCCAGCAAAGAAAAGCCUGGGACCUGAUGAUUCACUGCUGAAUUCUAGCAAACAUUUAAAGAAGAACUAAUACCAACCUUGCCCAAACGAUUCCAAAAAUAGAGAAGGAGAGAAUACUUGCAAACUCAUUCUACAAGGCUAGCAUUACCCUGAUACCAAAAUCAAAGAUACAGACCAAAAAAGAAAACUACAGGCCAAUAUCACUGAUGAAUAUUGAUGCAAAAAUCCUCAAUAAAAUAUUUGCUAACUGAAUUCCACAACACAUUAAAGUUGGGGUGCAGUGUCCCAGGUUCACUCAACCCUUCCCGUUUUCCUCUCUGUGUGUGUCUACUUUGCCGUGUUCCCUGCUGGCGGCGGCGGUGCAGUGUUGGUGCAUGGACCUCCCAGGAGAAGGGGAAAGACAGCAAGGCUGAGGAGAAUGGGUCCAACAGCUUCAUGCACUCCAUGGACCCACAGCUGGAGCGGCAAAUGGAAACCACCGAGAACCUUGUGGACUCCUACAUGGCCAUUGUCAACAAGACCGUGUGGGACCUCAUGACCAAGGAUUUCAUCUUCUCAGAGCUGCUGUCCAACCUGUACUCACGUGAGGACCAGAAAACGCUGAUGGAAGAGUUGGCAGAGCAGGCACAGUGGCGCGACGAGAUGCUGCGCACGUACCACGUGCUGAAGGAGGCACUCGGCAUCAUCGGCGACGUCAACACGACCACCAUCAGCACGCACAUGGGGGCCCGUGGACAACUCCUGCCUGCAGGUGCAGAGCGUCCUUGCCGGAUGCAGGCCUGGUGGCUGUUGUGUUGGGCUCCCCAAGGCGAGAGGUGGCCCUGGACAAGUGGGUUGGAAGACAGGGUGACCAGAGAAGAGGGAAGCCCAAAGGGGCUGAGCAUCAGUCUGAACAGUGGGUGCACUGGGUGCCGUGGAAGAGGCCAGCACGUGUGGGGUGGGGAAGGCUGCCACAGCCCCCAGGCACUACCUGUGAAACUCCGGCUCCUCCCUCUGUCUUCCUCCCCUUUCCCUUCCAGCCCCUCUUUUCCAGGAACCUUGCCACACCCGCACGUGCACCCUUUACUCCUUGGCCCUCCCACAGCUGCUGUGGCACACCUGUGCUCUGCACUUGCCUCACCAGCUCUCUGCUCGCUUUUCUUUUUUUUAUUAUUAUUAUUAUACUUUAAGUUUUAGGGUACAUGUGCACAAU